AUGAGUAACCAAGAGGCUGAUGUUCUACGUUGCUGGAGAUGUAGAAAAUAUAUAGCAAAUUCUGUUUGCCUUGCAAAAUCUCAGAAAAAAGAACCAUCUAAUACAUCACAGCCUUCGUCUGCUGCUCAAGAGUCUUGCAACGUAUGGCAUGUGAACUUGGAAGCAAUUCCAGAAUGGGUGAAAUGUGUCAUUGAAAAGGCACAAUGGACAAUUGGAAAACUGCACUGUCCCUUCUGUGAAGCGCGCUUAGGGGGCUUUAACUUUGUUUGCAACAAAAAAUGUUCCUGUGGACAGUUAGUAAAUAUACACUUCUGCAAAAGUCGGACUGACUAUCACCCAGCUUUCUCUGUUAAAUUUGCAAAAUCACCAGGAAAACACUUACCUCUCCUCAAAAUUCACUCUGGCUUUAGCAAGGAUGCCUGCCAUGAAGUGAUAACUACAACUUUGGAAAUCAAAAAUCAAGGGCUUUCAUGCAUGGCCAGAAAUAAUAAUGGUACCAGCAGAUUAACAGAAGCACUUUGUCUAGAAGUAAGAGCUCCCAGUUUUGAGAGAGAAAGGAAACCAUUUCCCUUAAAGGCAUUCAAUCAAAAAAGAAGUAUUUCUGCUUUAUAUCCUAUGAAUGGUGCAUGCACCAUAAAACCUUUUCACAGAAGAUCACAUAGUUUGGAUUUAACUAUCAGAGAGAGACUUGUUUUGUCACCUGCAUUAUAUGAAACAAUUUACCAUGGCCAAAACAAAAAUCCACCUGUUUACACACAAAGUGGCUUGCAGUUAGAGUCCAAUAGGAAAGAUGUUAGCUCUUUCCAGGACCUGUCUAGUCCAAGUGCUGACAAACUACAAAAAAGGUUUCAAGUUACUUCCUUUACCACAUUACUACAUAAAGAAAUAGAAAAUGAGUGUGAUUUUGAAGCUACUGGACAAUCUUCUGAAAAUGCCAUUGCUGAUGGGUCACCUUUUGUGAUGAACCUUUCUUCACCUACAAGUGCUGUGGAAGAAGAACAGUACAUCACACCUGUUGAUACUGUGCAGCCUACAAAUAUUUCGUUCAACCAAAGGCUGAGUAAGAGAGAAAGAAAUAAGCUGAAAAGCUUGAGAAGAAAACAAAGAAGGAAAGAACGGUGGCUACAGAAGCAA